AUGGAUGGAAAAACAAGGGAAAGCUGCUGUGGCUCAUUAGCCACCCGAGGCUGCACUGGAGCAAUCGCAGCUGUGGCAGCUGACUCGGGAGACCAGGGUGUUCCUGAUGGCAGCAUGGCAGGGGUCUGCACAGGGCCAGGCCAGGGAGGGCAGAAGCCCUCGGGUCGAGUUAGGAGAUCAGAAAUAGACGUUAUACAAAAACACAACAAAACAAAGACUGUUGGAGUCAACUGUGAACGUGCCAUUGGCUUCUCGUACUGCUCUGCUGAGCUGCCUCCCGACUUCCACUUCAGGCAUGAGCAGCUCAAGGUGACCCUGUGCCCCAGGCAAGAAAGUGGCAGAACUUUCUGUGCUGGUGGUGCUCUCGCAAAUGUGGUGAACAUUGCUGAAACCCGUCAGACUUUCUGUAAGAAGUGUGGCUGGCAUCAACUCCACAAAGUGAUAUAGUACAAGAAGGGCAAAGAUCCUUUGUCUGCUCAGGGACACCAGCGUUGUCACAGGAAGCAGAGUGGCUGCGUUGGGCAGACUAAACCUAUUUUCCACAAAAAGGCUAAAGCUGCAAAGACGACCGUGCUGAGGCUUGAAUGUGUUGAGCACAGCAGCAGGUCUAAGAGAAUGCUGGGUGUUAAGACAUGCAAGCAUUCUAAACUGGAAGGAGGUAAGAAGAGAAAGAGUCAAGUGAUCCAGUUCUAACCUUCAUCUUUUGUUUUAUUAUGUAGUGAUAGAAUUCUGAGGAUAUGAUCUCUCCAAAAAGAAAAAAAGAAAAAAAAAGAUAGUAGCAGAACUAAGGUUCAGGUCCAUGUGUUUUGGAUGCUACUGUCAUAAUCUACCAACAAAAGGUCUCAAAGGUUUAUUCCCUGUGUUUCCUUCUACAAGUUUUAUAGUGUUAGCUCUUUCAUUUGGGACUUUGAUCCAUUUUGAGUUAUAGCAUGAGGUAAAGUUUCAACUUCAUUCUUUCGC